AUGGUCGACCGUAGCUUGGUAUGUUACUCUCUUCUGUAUAUUUUAUGGUCGUGUUUCGUAGUAAUAUGACUUUAAUUUAGCUUCCACCUUCCUACGAAGAGGUCAGUGGGAUCUGUAAAGAAGUUUUGGAUGAUGUGAUCGGCCAGAAACCUUAUCAACAUACGGAAGUUGUAAAGUGGAAUCAGACUGCGGUUGAGAGAAUUACUGAGAAAUUGGCUGGGCUAGGAAGACCUUAUAAAUAUUGCUGCAAGUUAUAUUAUUUUAUUUUGUCAUAUGUUUAGGUAAGAAAGGAUAUUAAACUAAUGUUGAUUCUUCUAGUGUGCUGCGUUGUGAUGCAAACGGGUUUAGGAGCCGGUCUUAAUGUGUCGAGCACUUGCUAUUGGGAUAAGAACACCGAUCACACCUUUGCUUAUCGAUGGGAGAGCAGAGCCGUCAUUGCUGUUUGUAACGUCUACGCAAUCUCAAUGGGUGGAAAGUGA